AUGCCACCUCCUGCCGAUAUUAUCCCCUGGUUCCAAUGUGGCUAUCCAGAUUGCAACGCUAAAUACCGGCGUAAAGAGCACCUGAAUCGACAUCGUAAUCAUCAUGAUACGGAAAUCAAUCUCGCCUGUCCUUAUUGUGAGAGUGUCCUGACCAGGAAUGACCUGUUGCGACGCCAUGUCCGAACUUACCAUCCGCAAAGAGAACUGCCUCCGUCUCGAAAAGUUAGGGCAUGUAGUGCAUGUCAUGCACGGAAAGUCCGUUGUGAAGGUGUAUUACCAUGCAAUGCCUGUCAACAUCGCGGCGUCCUCUGUGUGUCUACUGGGGGUGAAACCGUAAGCGACCAACAAUUUUCGAUCGAUGAUCUCUGCCCUUUGCCGCCUGUUUCCACGAUUGAUGAUUCCGUUUCUGACGCUCCCCGGUGGAUUGCUCAUGACUAUAUUGAUAUUUACUUUAAUACUUUCCAUCCAAGAUGGCCGUUUCUCCAUCGAAGUACAUUUGACUUCGCCAAGGAACCUUGUGUACUUGUUCAAUCCGUUGUCGCAAUCGGACUUUGGGUGAAAGGGACUCAGGAGGCACGAGACGCAUCGAUACGUCUACAUAAUCGACUAUGUUCUGCAUUUUACGCUCAAAUGGACCAAUGGUGCAUCUCCAACUCGAGUUCACGCCAACACACAUGGCCUAUAACAUCAUUUCAAAGUGUGCUCAUGAAUAUCAUUCUUUCUCUUUUCAUUGCAAGAGAAAAUGCUAGUACAGAUUUGAGCAUGCGAUUCCGAUUACCAGACGACAAAUACGACCUCUUGGCUGCGCUUGUUCAAAGCUGUCGAAAGUCGGGGAUCUUCUACUACCCUAACAUGCUUCUGCAACACGAUGCCGAUGCACCACUUGCGCUUGUAUAUGUGAGCGUUGAAGAGAUCAAGAGAUUUGGACUAGCCCUCUAUAAGGUGUGCCGAUUGUCCACUCCCACUUCCUUUGACUUGAGCGGGGAAUGUUCCAAUGGUGGCAGAAACGAUCUUUUGACCCUGGCCGAUUUGUCCUUUUGCAUGCCAGACAGUGAUGAGCUGUGGAAUGCUCCAUUGGGCGGGGAGUCCGAGGUGUUGAACAAGUCUGAUUCAUCCGCGGUCGGACGGGAUAAUGGAGAUGCGAAAAACUGGAUAUCUCAAGCAUCUAAUCUUCUACAUGACGCACGAGUUGGCUUUGAUUGGAUAUAG